GGCUGGGGAGGCUCUGGGCUCUGCCCCCACUACUACUGGCGUUUGGUUCGGAGGCGGGCCGCUCCUGCCAGUGCCCAGUGUUGAAUAAAUGGCUCGUGUUCGCCAUCUGACCAAGACGCUCUCCAAAGCUCUCUCUUGACCAACUCCAGUGCCAAUGUGAACCGCAGGUUCCCGACCCAAGGAAUCAUGGCCGCUCCAUACGCGCCAGUCCCCGUAGAGUACUACGAUAAAUCCAUGCCCUUACCCCCACAUCCCAACAUGGACCCUCCACCACCGAGCAAUUUCCCACCGGGCGCCCGCAUCCCGCGCGAUUAUUCUCCGCCACCCACAUUACCACCACCGGGCCCUACCAACCAAGGCAAUCCAUUCGACCUCCCCGUGCAGACACCGAACCCCGAGCCCAAUGGUCCGGAGCCAUGGGGGGAACCCGACCCCAUGCCCGACGAGGAUUCCUGGGCGUAUAAAUGGUCCAUGAAACCAAAAGUUGCAGAGGUGCGCUGGGUCGAUUAUGAGCACUGGCGGAAUCGGUACGGCGAGGAUGAGGGGUUGGAGAUAAUCGAGGUCCUGCGGGGUCAUGAGCAUCUAGCCCAGGAAGUUCUCCACGAGCAUCGAAGGGGAUCCAAGAGAAGGCGCGAGGCGACUUGGUUGAAAUCGAGUACGGAUCCGGAUCAGACGUGGGCGCAUCGUGUGCGGAUUCAGUCGGCGCCGCUGAUGCUUCUUCUCUCGCGCCUUUCGGGGCACAGUGAUUUGUGGUCAUUCGAGACGGCCAAGGCCUUCUUCCGCCCGUUUCGCGCGUUUUAUUAUCUGCUCCCACAGAUGAAGGCGUGUCUUGCGAUUCUAGAGGAAAAGUGGGCUGCAAUCGAGGCCAAGGGUGAGGAUGGAGAAAAUGAACCCCAAUCAGCACAGGAGGGAGACGUCGCCAAGGAGCACGAAAUUGGCGCUGAAGAUGACCUGCGCAGUGAGCCUGGCUCUGAACCCGCAGACGAGAAAACCACCGGUAUGGACCCUCACGACGCCGUCAAUGGGCCUAUCGCGGAUUCAGUCACUGCACUCAGGCACCUGCGCAAAUAUGUCGAGUUUGUCGAAGCAGAAGUCGUGCCCAUGUGGAAUCGCGCUUCUGGCACCAACCACCGCAAGGUUCGCUGGUCGGACUUGUGGAUGACAUUCCAGCAAGGCGAGCUUCUCUAUGUUCCACCAACUGCGGACUCGUCGCAGAGCUCAGACGCGACCAAGGCUUCCGAUACCACGAUAGGCUCCGGCUCUGGUAUCAAAAUGUACCAAAACGUCUGGAGACUGUACUCCCUGGUACGCGACAAAGUCCGCGACGGCGACCCGGACGAUGUAUCCAACAACAGCAAGCGAUUCUUCCACCUGUUUGCCUACUACAUCGACUACGACGGGUCCUUUUACGGCCCUGUCAAACACGAGUUCCGGAUCCGCGAUUACGAGGGAGAAAAGGACAUCACCUCUCUCCCCGUCUACCCACUCCGCUUCGCCAAAGACGCCGACAAACUCAAAGCCAAGUUCCUUGCCCAGGGCGAACAGUUCCGCGACCUGAUCAAGAAGAAGCAUCUUUACUACGACGGUUGGACGCUCACUCACGGGCCCAUGGGGGACGCCGAAAACAGGCCACCCGUCAUCUCCGAACACAUUGACAGCGAGGUGAUCGUCGACUUUGUCGAGGGGUACAAGGCGGAUGCAACGCUGACCCCUCCCCACUUUGAGCCACUUGCGCGGUUCGACGACGAGGGCUGGCCAAAGGGUACCGACAACCACCCGAUCAAGCAGUGGAGCGAUUCAGCACGAUCGGAACUCCUCGGCGAGUUCCGAGAGAAUAUCCAGCCCGACGAAUGGUUCGGUGAGCUCCUCAAGACGCGCCAUCGCAAGGAGAGCAAAUUCAUGCAGGCGUGGGAAGCCGACGGCGGCGCGACGAGCAUUGACGGCGAUGAUCUUGCGAUUUUGCCGAGACGGGUUAUCGCGUACGCGUUUCGCGAGCGACGGUUCUUCAUGGUCGACAUUGAGUCCCUGAAGGAAGUCCCCGUGCACCAAAACGCUUUCAAAGACCUGCAGAUUGACAAGAGCCACAAACGUAUGGUCAAGUCGCUGGUGAAAUCACACUUUCGGAAGAAGGACCUUCAAAAGCAGCCGGCGAGUAUCGGGAUGAAUCAGGAUCUGAUCAAAGGAAAGGGCUCGGGCCUUAUUGUUCUCCUGCAUGGUGUUCCUGGUGUUGGUAAGACGACUACUGCAGAGGCCGUGGCGCAGGCACACAAGAAGCCGCUGUUUACCAUCACUUGCGGCGAUUUGGGGUUUACGCCUGGUGAGGUCGAAACAAAUCUGCGGGAUAUCUUCCGUCUUGCUCAUUUGUGGGACUGUGUGCUGUUGCUCGAUGAGGCCGAUGUCUUCUUGUCUCGUCGGGAACUCAGCGAUCUAAAGCGCAAUGCGCUGGUAUCAGUCUUCCUUCGCGUCCUCGAAUACUACAGCGGUAUCCUCUUCCUAACAACAAACCGCGUCGGGACCCUGGACGAAGCCUUCAAAUCCCGCAUCCACGUUAGCCUGUACUACCCACCGCUAAGCGAGAAACAAACCCUCGCAAUCUUCAAAGUAAACAUCAACCGCGUUCGCGAAAUCGAAAAGGAGAAAGAAGCGCGCAACCUAACCAAGGGCCGCCCACCGUUAUUCAUCGACGAGUGGGGGAUCCUCGAUUUCGCCAAAUGGCAUUAUCGAAGCCAUAAACCGCAUGAGAGAUGGAAUGGACGGCAGAUCCGCAACGCGUUUCAGAUAGCGCAUUCGCUGGCGCAGUUUGAUAUGAAUAAGACUUCUUUGGAGGAUUGGGAUGAUGAGAAUGAUGAGGAUUUUGAUGACCAAGACGAUGAGGAUGCUGCGAGUGAUGUCGAGGGUGUCGAGCAGGAUGAGAACCAGCUUCAGCGCCCGCUCACGCUGAACUAUGAGCAGUUCAGCACCGUCGCAGAGACGAUCGAAAAGUUCGAUUUGUACCUGUAUGACACCAUGGGUAGUACACCCGGCGACCAGGCUCGCACACUCGUGCUUCGCGCAGACGACCAUACCUGGGAGGGCGGAAACGUGUAUCAUCCAAGCGCAGGAUCCAGUCGUGGAAGCGGAUACAGCCAGCCUCCGCGGCGCCAGGCGCAGCAGAACCCGCCUAGUCGUCGUCCAGGGCCGAGAAAGAAGUAUCAGCCUCCGACAUCCCGAGAGGGACCGCCGUCGCGAGAGUCUACAAGACAGUCGGGGACCCCUAGACCUCGACGAACGCCACAGGUCAGCGAUGCUCCGCCGGCGCGAGGCUCACCUCUCGGAGCGAACCUCCGCCCGAACGCGCCCGUCAGACGGAGAGAUGACUCGGGGUACUCAGGCUGGAGUACGAAUCCGCGGACCCCGGAUCGCGCGUCUGUUGCCGAGGAUGAUUAUACUGAUGGCGAGGAGUAUCCCGAGGAGGAUGCUGCUGGCGAGCAGGGAUAUCCGUCCGAGGAUGUUUCUGAGGAGGAGCAGGAGGAGGGUUAUGAGGAGGAUCGGGGGUAUGAGGGGGAGAGGCGGCGGUAUAGACCGGGCAGGAGGCGAUGAUCUUGCUGUGAAUAAUGGGGUAUAGGACAGUUUGAAGGUUUGCAUGUGAGUACAAUGUAGAGAAACUUAGCAUGUGUCACGAUAGGGAGAUAAUACAUGAUCAAUUCACCUGCUGCCUCACAG